GAUGUAGCGCUUUGUCCUGGGAGAGAGAGAAACAUUCAUCACCUGCUUCAGAGAAAACACAGCACAGCUUGAACAACUCUCAGCUCAACUCUCUCCAACACACCCAUCUACUGGCCAACAGACUGGACCUGCCCUUCAUGAUGAUGCCCCAUCCCCUGCUUCCUGUUGGACUUCCUCCCGCCUCUGUUGCCAUGGCAAUGAACCAGAUGAACCACCUUAAUACAAUUGCCAACAUGGUUGCCAGUGCCCAGGUGCACAGCCCCGUCUCCAGGCCGACAUCUGCCAUCAAGCAAGAGUGUUUUGAAGAGAGUCCCUCUUUGACUCCAUCCGUUGAGGGAAUUGUUCCUCAGAAAACUGAGCCCUCACCUCAACUAAGCAGUUCAUUUCCCAGCAGCCCCACACACCCUUACACACACUCUCCUCAAAAAACAGCAUAUGACGUUCAUGAUGAACAAAGGGAGAUAGACUCAGCUCUGCAUAUGAACAGACUUUCCAACAACAAGGUUGAGCAGAAUACAGUGAAGCCAAAAUUAUUUGAGAAGGUCCCAGCUCAGACGUUUCCCACGGGCUUCCCUGCUUCCCUCCUUUUCACAGACGGCCUCUCCUCCGUGGAGACGCUGCUCACUAAUGUCCAGGGUCUGCUAAAGGUGGCUUUGGAGAACGCCCGUCUGCAGGAGAAACAGCUUCAGCAGGAGAGGCGAGAGCUUAAGAUGGAGCUGUACAGAGAGAGAGAGAUGAGAGAGAGUCUGGAGAGACAGCUCACCUCUGAGUUACGCAGUCGGGCCACCAUUCAGAGACGUCUGAAGAAGGAGAAGAAGGCAAAGAGGAGGUUACAGGAGGCGCUGGAAUUUGAGUCCAAGCGGAGAGGGCAAAUCGAGCAGGCCUUACAGCAGGCCACCUCAUCAGACCCUCUCACACACGAUCCAAUCAGUCUGGACAUGGAGACGGAGCGCUGCAGAAGCCCAGAGGACAACUGCUUGUUACAAGAAAGCAGAACAUUCACAAAAAACCCAAUAAUGUACCAAUAGGAGGUGAACUACCACGAGAGGCCGAGGAAGUUCUCCACAUCAUGGAUCAUCCCCACACAAAAAACAAUCAACUUCCUGAAUGCAGUUUCCAGGGAAGAGAGGACUUCAAGGUUUUACAUAAUGAACAUUUGACCCAAUCGAGUGCUCCAUCCACUCUUAUUCCCAUCCUCACAACAUUCCAGAUUCCUCAGCUGUUGUUUAUACAUAUAUUGUGCUUAAUUCCCCGUUUAAGCUCUGUGGAGACGGUUGACGUCCUGUUACUUGUUUUGAAGCCGUGACAUUUUCCCUUAGGACAGUGACCUUCAGUCUAACGCCCUCAUGAUGGGCUGAUGUAAAAAAAUAGGGAAUGAGAAGGAAAAGAGAUGAAUCUGGCGUGUUUCGUUCUUGUUGAAAGACUCUGAAGAGUGUGGAAUGUUACAUUGUUUUGCUUUUCUCUUGUUUGUCCAUCUUCUUUAUCUCUUUUGUAGGCGUUUAGCUUCUUGAUACUGCUCUUCGGUUUGUGCUAGUUUUCUUUUGUAAGACCUCGCGUCAACUAUUUGAUUGGCUUUCAGUCAGAAGGAAAAGCUACUGAAUGUGUUUAUUCUGUAUUUUGAAUCUUUCCUAAUGAGAAAUACAGUAUUACCACCAUGUCCAUUCAUUCAGAAGUCUCGAAACGUCUCCCUGAAUGUUUUGCCCAGGUUUGUUGAAACCUGCGGUUCCCAUGCAUUUCCAGAGAUUUGAUUCACUAACCAUUUUAGCAUAGGCUAAAACUAGACACUAAGACCGCAGAGGAUAUUUGGCAUUUCCCCCAACAUACGAGUCUUUAUUUAGUCUGAGUGUUGCUUAAAGAGGAAAACAGACUUCCCGCAGGACAGAAGUUCCCUGCUGCUGUUGUCAGGACGAGCCUUGAGCCAUCAUUCCUAUAGGCAUUUGAAUGCUAAAUGAUGUCUUGAAAGGUGUAGAUCGAUGUCUGUCACCGUUUUAUGCACCAGAAAGAACCGACGACACAAAUAAACAAUGCGAUGCUCAUGUCA